UACGUAUGUUUACGCAAAGCUGGCGCUCCGGUUUCCUGGCGGAGAAGAUGGCGGCUCCUGGACCGGGGGAGUAUUUUAACGUUGGGAGCCAUGUCUCAUGUCUUACAUGCUUGGGACAGCGAUUGCAAGGAGAGGUUCUCGCCUUUGACUACCAAUCGAAGAUGCUGACCUUGAAGUGUCCUGCUGCCAGUGGAAAGCCCAACUUGCAUGAUGUAGUCUUGAUCAACCUCGCCUACGUGUCGGAGGUCGACAUCAUCACUGACCGCACGGAAACUCCGCCCCCGCUAGCCUCGCUGAAUGUCAACAAGCUUGCCAAUAGAGCCCGGAUGGAGAAAGAAGACAAGUUGUCUCAAGCUUAUGCAAUUAGUGCUGGAGUCUCCUUGGAGGGUCAGCAGCUAUUUCAGACCAUACACAAAACUAUCAAAGACUGUCGGUGGCAGGAGAAGAACAUCAUUGUGAUGGAUGACGUGGUCGUCUCCCCGCCUUACCAGGUGGACAACUGCAAGGGCAAGGAGGGGAGCGCUUUAAGUCACGUACGCAAAAUAGUUGAGAAGCAUUUCCGGGACGUAGAGAGUCAGAAGUCCCUUCCGCGACCACAAGCACAGCAGACACAGAAGGACUCCUCCACGUUAUCAUCCUGAGCAGAGGCAACCAACCAACCAACCAACAAACAAACAGACAGACGAACAGACGACAAGAAAGAUCAACACCACCACGGCGAAGGCAGUUCCUCCUUUUUUUCCCCCUUCCAAGUUUUUUUUUUCCCCCCCCCAUUUGAUUUUUGUUUCUGCUCUCCACAGCCUGAGCAGCAGUGUCUCCGUCGGGGUGGGAGGGGGGUAGGGAUUGGAUGAGGUCUCGAUGAGAUGUCUAAUGUCGAUCUGUUCUCGAGGGCAGACCAGCACGUCCUCCGUUAUCAGGAGGAGGGGAAACUAUCCCCCAAGGUUUUUUUUCUGUUUUUUUUUUUUUUUUUUAAAGAAAGAUAAUUUAAUUAAAUAAAUAUCUACCCCCCUGCCCCUCCUUACCUUGAACCCCAACCCCAACCACUCGGCCAAACACCAGUAACCCCACUCCUCUCCUGAGCUCUACACAUGAGCUCAUCUGUUCAUUCUUUCUCUUCUUGUUCAUCUCCUUCCCUCUAUACAUUUCUCUCUCUUUCUUUCUCUCUCUCUCUCUCAUCCCCCCAUCUCCAUCAAUCAACAUGAGCAGCAGAAGGAACACAAUUUGAUUUCCGUCUCGUCACCCUGCCUCUGUCCCCACAUUUGCCCUUUGAAAACAACUAUAUGACAACCAAGGACAAAAAAAGGUGGCUUUGAAACGCAGCGGACGGAAGACUGCAAGGACCCUGUGUUUACAGCGUGACUGAGAGUGGUGCGCAGGGUUUAAAAAGCGCAGCUGCAAGCGGCACUUGUUUGGAGCCAUCAGCCGACAGGAAGUCAGUUCCGCGUGUGAAGGGUGGAAAAGGACAUGGGAGUGUACUUGCAUGGGCAGGUCUGUUUUUCCCUUGACUGGUUCUGCUGAAGGUAACAGUGUCAUCCCUCACUUCCGAGGGGAAAAGGUUUUGUUUUUUUGUAACUCUUUAUAUUUUGCCCACUUUUCCUGAAUGAGUUUGAUCCAGAUGAGAAGUUGGACAGUUCUGUUUUUUUUUUUUUUUUUUUUUUUUUCCCUAUGUUUUGUUGAGGAAGGGCUUUACAGAAAGGGACAGGACAUGAGUUUCAGUGACUGAUCUUUGAGCUGAUCUUUGAGUCUCUUUCUCAUGGUACACCUCAGGAGAGGGAGCAUGGUGCCCUCCCUCCCUUCUUCCCACCCAUCCACAACAUAGGGCUACGCCCCCCCCCCCCCCUUCCCCCCCUUUGCUUGCUCAAAACACCGAUCUCUUCCAUAAUGGUCCUCGACUCUAAAUUACAAUACUUCUUCCACGACGGGACCACGGUAGUUUUUCUUUCUUUUCUGUUUUUAAGCUCUUCCCCACUCCAUCCUUGACCGACAUUUUCACCUGUGAGGUGUGGGAAGCUCCCCUCGAUGCAUUCCUGCUGCUUCUUUUGGCCUUUUUUUUUUUUUUCUCCAAAAGAACAAAACAUCCAAGCGAAAGCCAGUGAAGACCGGGCUAGUCAACGCUCUCUCUCGCUCUGCUUUCUAUGCUGCUGUUGUGGUGAUGGCCGUUUUUUUGCGGAGAACGUGAAACGAAGAGGAAGAAUCAACCCUGGCUCAACCCAACGCCCCUUUUACGCUUCCAUGACCUAACAGCCCCCCGCCCCCCCCUCCGCCCCCUCCCCGGACACUAUCAAUGAACAGAAGCCGAGAGAUGCGCUCCCACGCUGUGAACCAGUCCGACCUCACGGUGUGAGUGUGUAUGUGCGUGCGUGAGUGUGUGUGCGUGUAUGAACGAGGCUGCCGAUGCCUAGGUUUCUUUCCCAGUAUUUUAUUUUUUAUUUUUCAAUAGUAACAUUAAAAUAAAAAAGUGAAAACAA